UGUUACAAUCCUUCAGAUGGCUGAGACUGCACUGACCUAUAUGGCAACCUUGGACCAGGUUGGCAUGGUCUGUCACAGCCUCCAUUGCCAGUCCUGAGGAAGAGGAUAGCCUGAGUUUCCAACCUCCAGGAACGCCUAACCCUUCAAAGUAGAGCAGCAAUUGCACAUGUGCUGUGCCUGAAAAAUUGUUCGGAAACAUGCAAAUCAACUCUCGACUGAUCGUGUUCGUCCAAGUAUUCAACAGCCUUUUAGAGAUGGCAUCAGUGCCAAGGAUACCCGUCCAUUUUGGGAUAUUUUAGCAGAGAAAAGAGCCAAAAUCAUCGACCCGCCUGCUGGCUACCAUCCAACUACGCAUGCGUCGUGCCGGCUGCGACACAAGACGGAGUCCACGCAGGCGCAGUACAGGCCCGACCGACAUGGGUUCUGGGCACGCGCAGUGCUGCCAAUCCGAAUGGCGGACGAGUCGCCGGUGGUCAACAUUGAGCAAAAUGCCAGAAUUCCAGAAAAAAAAUAUCUACAUUAAGGACCCUGAAAGAGUAGAACAAAUAAUAUGUGGUCUUAUCAAAGGAGGAGCUUCCAAACUUCAGAUAAUCACAGAUUUUGAUAUGACACUGAGCAAGUUCUUCCACAAUGGGAAAAGGUGUCCAACCUGUCACAAUAUUAUUGACAACUGUAAGUUAAUCUCAGAGGACUGUAGGAAAAAGUUGCUCCAAAUUAGGAAUAAAUACUAUCCAAUUGAGGUUGAUCCUACUCUUAGUGCUGAUGACAAGUACCCUCUCAUGGUUGAAUGGUGGACCAAAGCCCACAAUUUACUAAUUGAACAAGGUAUUGAAAAGGCAAAACUGGCUAUGGUGGUGAGGGAAUCAGAUGUCAUGCUGAGAGAUGGUUACGAACUAUUCUUCGAUAAGCUGAACGAACAUAACAUCCCAGUCUUCAUAUUCUCUGCUGGCAUUGGUGAUGUACUAGAGGAGAUUAUUUCUCAGGCUGGUGUCUUUCAUUCAAAUGUGAAGGUAGUCUCCAACUUCAUGGACUUUGAUGAGAAGGGUAUUUUAAAAGGCUUUAAAGGUGAGCUUAUCCAUGUUUAUAAUAAACACGAUGGAGCCAUAAGAAGCUCGGAGUACUUCGAUCAACUAAAGGAGAAUUGUAACAUUAUCCUUCUGGGUGAUUCAUUAGGAGACUUGACCAUGGCAGAUGGUGUUCAAAAUGUUGAAAGCAUUCUCAAGAUUGGAUUCUUAAAUGAUAAAGUGGAAGAAAGUUUAGAAAAGUACAUGGACUCCUAUGAUAUAGUUCUGGUUAAAGAAGAGACAUUAGAUCUGACGAAUGCUAUCCUUCAGAAGAUUCUGUGAUAUGAACACUGAAGAUAUACAGGCCUGUGCAAGCUCAAAACCGAAAUACUCUUCUACCAUUCAUGUCAUUUAAUUGAACAGCCUCUUUCUUUUUUUUGAAAAUGCUGUUCAUUCUUCAGUACCUGGAACUUAAAAUAUUCUUAAAAUUUGCACGAAUGUGUCUGCAGUGAAUAAAGGGAAUAAUGUGUGUUCUUUAGAAAGAUUGGCAAUUACACAAAUAGGUCAGCCAUGGGCAGAUUUUAAACUACCUCUUAGAUUUAGUUUAAAUUCUGACUUUAACAUUUAAAAGAAUCUGUGUGUAGUUUUCAGUAUAUGUUCUCUCAAAAGAGAGAAGUAUUGUAAGCUUGAUGUACUAUGGCUACAUUGUGUAUAACUAUUGCAAGUUCUAUACAAGAAACAAGCACUCUGAAGCAGUUUUUGAUUUUUCAAAUGUUUUUUAGAUAACUAAGGAUGCUGUUGGUUUACUUGUCACAGUUUGUGUUGCCUAUUGAACAUUGUCAUUUGCAUAUUUUAAAAUGAAUGUACAUGAAAGAAAUAUUUGUACAGUACAUUAAAGUUGGUGGAGAGAUUUUUAAA